UUAAAAUCCUUAAUAAAAUUACGAAAUAGACAUUGUCGAAAAUCGAAAAUAAUUAUCUGCAUUUGCAUCUUCUGUAGUUUAAAAUGCUAGAAAUCAAAUAUAAAAGGUAGAAGAUACAGAAGAAGUAAAAGAAAUGAUAAAUCAAAAAAAUAAACUAGAAAAUGAUCGAAAAAAGAAAAAGGAUGAAUUAGAAAAAGAAAAUUUAAAACUAAAAAACAGAUCAAUUAAAAUUAGAUAUGAAAAAGAAGAUUUGUAAACCAAAAUAAGAUAAUUAGAAGAAAACAAAUUUGAUGCCUAAAAAAAAACUAAAUAGUUAUAAUAAAAUUCAAAAUAUUAAUUAAAUGAAUUAGCCACUUUAUAAAGUAGAGUUUAAAAAAUAGAAACUGAUAUAGUUAAUACUUAAAUAAUUAUUAAAGAUAAAGAAGGGGAAAUACAAAGGCUUUAAGAAAAGUAAAAACUCACUCAUAAAGAUCAUGAAAAUCUCUUAAGAGAAUUAGAAAAUGUUACUUAAAAAAAUAAUAUAGUAUAAUUCGAUUUAUAAUAAAUGAAAUCAGAUAAAGAUAGGAUAAUGGAAGAGUUAGAGAAAAGGUAAAUUGAGGCAAACGAAAAAUUUAAUUAAUUGAAUUAUUAAUAUUUAGAUGUUUAAAGCCAAAUAAACGAAAAAAAUAAUGAAAUUAUAGCUUUGGAAAAUGCAGGACAUUCAGACAAAAUUUUUCUUGAAUAAUUAAGAGAAAACAAUCGUGUAUUAAUGGAAAAAAAGUAAGAUAUGGAAAACAAUUAGAAAAAAUUAAAAAAGAAAUAAAAAAGAAUAGAAGAACUUGAAGUUGAAUUAGAUUUCGUUCAAAGAGAAAAAAAGAUAGAAAUAGUGGAAAAAAUAGUCGAAAAGCCUGUCGUUAUUGAAAAGCCUGUAAUUGUAGAAAAGGAAGUUAUUAUAAGAGAAUAAAUUAAAGUUGAUGAAAAUUUAGAAAAGGAAUUAAAUACAUUAAGGGAGUAGCUCAUUUUAUUAGAAAGUAAUACUAAGUAAAGAGAAAGUGAAUGUGAGUAUUGGAGAAAAAAAUAAUAGGAACUUGAAAAUGCAGAGGAAAUUAGAUUUAUUUAAAUUUAAAAAGAUUAUGAUAGUUAAGUUAAUAAUAUUAAUGUUUUAUAUUAAAAUAGUUGUUAAGAAGUCUCAGAUUUAUAAGGAAAGUUGAACUUGUUGUUAGCUGAAGUUCAUUAGUUAUCGAAUUUGAAUAUUGAUAAAAAUAAGUAAAUUUCGGAUUAAAUUAAUUAAUUGCUAAAUAAAAAUUAAGCACUUGAGAAUAUUAUUAAUAGUAAUAAUAAUGUUGUUAAAUAAAUAUUUUGA